ACAAAAACACGGCCUCACAAACCGAACCCACGCUGAACUCGGGACCGCGCCGCCGCCACCGGAGUGGCCGAGGGAGGUGCCGGGAAGGCCGCAGGCCCUGUCCCGCCUCCAAUCCGGUGGGAGCUGGGCGGUUCUGUUUGCUCGGCCCCGACUUCUGUGUCCAGGGGUACAGCGGAAACAAAACUAAAACCAACAUCCUGCAGGGCAGCUUGUGGGCCGGUACCGCCCCGCCUCCGCCCUGCUCCAAACGCCGGACCAGGCUGCGGUAGAGACUUCCCCGACGUGUCUGGAACUGCCCUUGUAAAAAUGCACCUAGUUAAGAAUGAACACAAGAGAAGUGCUGUGGUAGACACAGGCUUCAUGCCAUGUUGCUUUCCAGUUUAAAAACCAAUAGACUGGCAAUUUUAAAGGAAAAGCAACAAAGUGAUGACCAGGUGCCAAGUUCCAGCUUUCCUUAUUCAUCAGAUUCAAGAAGAAUUGGAUAAAGAAGAAGAAGAGAUGAUGGUUUUCCUGUGCCGAGAUCUUGCUCCUGAUUUGGCCACUGCUGAUCUUAAAGAGAUCUUGGUGGCUUUGAAUGAGAGAGAAAAACUGACUCCUCUUGGCUUGUCUGAGCUGUUGUACAGAGUUAAGAGGUUUGACUUGCUGAGGAGGAUCCUGAACACUGAGAAAGCAUCAGUGGAAGCUCACCUUGCCAGGAGUCUCAGACUUAUCCCUGAUUACAGGGUAUUAAUGGUAGAGAUAAAUGAAAAUCUGGAAAAAGAUGAAGUGGGUUCUCUUGGUUUUCUACUCAGAGAUUAUGCACCUCGUAUGAAAAUGGCAAAAGAUAAGAGUUUUCUAGCUCUUAUCAUUGACCUGGAAAAGCUAAAUUUGGUGGCUCCCAAUCAACUGGAUUUGAUAGAAAACUGUUUUCGAAGUAUUCACAGGAUAGACUUGAUUAGGAAGAUUCAGAAGUACAAGCAUGAAGCUUCAGUGUCCUCCAUUCAUUCUCAGCCAGUAUAUGUAAAUGCUCAUCAGGCCUCUCUCCCUAAUCUCAAUCUGAUUGAUCCUCCUUAUCAUUCAGGGAUUCAGAAUGAGAACACAGAAAGAUUACAAAAUGGAUCAAGUCUUACUCUGGCAGAACCAGUUCACAUGUCCAUUCAGGAGUCGGGAUCAGUGCCACAUAAGAUGUCUGAUGAUUCUUACAGAAUGCAAAGUCAACCUUUAGGAAUCUGCCUGAUAAUAGAUUGUAUUGGCAAUGACACUGAUGUGUUGGAAGAGACCUUCAGAGGCUUAGGCUAUGACGUUCAUUGUCACAGAUAUUUAAAUAUGAACUCCAUGAAUCAAACGUUGCUUGAAGUUGCAAGGUGGCAGAAGCACAGAAAUUGUGACAGCUUCGUUUGUGUAUUGGUCAGCCGUGGAAACUCUCAGAGCAUCUUCUGUACAGACCCCACCUUUUCUGGAUUCCCUUUGGAACAAAUAAAGAAAUACUUUACAGCAGACUCAUGUCCUGGACUCCUGGGAAAACCGAAGCUUUUUUUUAUUCAGAGCUACGUUGUGCCAGAAAAUGAGCAAGAAUGUACCAGUCUGUUGGAAGUUGAUGGGAAGGGUGAGAAUAUCAGUGCUAAAGUCUCUAUCCCCCACGCAGCAGACAUCUUUUGGAGUCAUUGCAAGGUAGAUGUGUCUACAUUAGAACAAUCCCCAGCUUCAUCCUCCUAUUAUUUGCAUUGUCUGGCUGAACUACUCCGUAAUCCAUAUAAAAGGAAACUCUGUCUAUUGGCUAUCCAUAUGGAACUGAACAAAAAAGUUUAUGAUUGGAAUAUGACCACUGACCCAGGCCAACAAUACUCACUGCUACUCCAGCACACACUGAGGAAGAAACUUUUUUUUCUCACUUAACUGCUGUUAGAAAGUACAUAUCUGAAACAGUUAACAAUGGAAACAUUUGCAGUGAUGCAAACAGUUUAAUGCAUACUUUUACUUUAUGCAUUGUUACUUCAUGUGUAUCUAAAGUGCCUGUUGUUUCCAAACACAGGAAUUUAGAAGCAUUUUAGUGUGCUAGGACACUAGAUUUUAUAUUUUAAUAUAGUAGUCUCUGACUCCAUUCUCAUUGGAUGAGAAUGGUAACUGUUGUAUAGCAGUGCAGCAUAUCUUGCUAUUGAGUACAACAGGUAAACAGAGUGGAAAGGUAUAUAAACUGUAUAGCUGAUGGGUGUUCCAAGAAAAAAUGGAAGUGCUUUUAUUAUUUUGGUGGCGGUUUUUAACAUACCUCAUAGCAUUUAAACAAAUACAAGCCAGCCCAAACCACUGAAACACACUGAAUUACUUUCCCUCUCACCUAAUAGUGGCAUAUGUCUCAGAAAAGCAUUCAUACCCAGUAAUACCAGAUCUUUGCUAACAUGUUCUGACUUGCAUGCCUCUCUAGAUUGGCAAAACAGAAGGGAGAGACAUUUGAUCUUCUCAAUAAUCUGGAUUCCAUCUGAUUGCUCCAUUAAAGAUUGCAUCAUUAGCACUGUCCACAGCACACAGGGAUUCUAUAUUAACAAAUGAGACAAUCUGCUGUGCUUUGGGCCAAGUAUUUUCUGCUGAUGCAAAAAUGAGUCUGCAUGUGACAGGACAUUACAGUAAUCUGCCAUACAGUUAAAAAUAUGUGAGAUUUUGGCAGAUGUCUUGUGGAAGCUGAAAUAUGAUUCACACUUGUUGUACCAGGCAUAGUUGUAAAAAGAUAUUUUAAAGUAUUUGAAUGUAAAUGUAGUAUGUAGCAGCCAUGAACCUUUAAGACUGAAACACCCCACCCUCACUCCUUUUGCUUAUGAAAAAGAAUAUGCCUCUAUUAAUUAAUUUUUUCCCAAGUGCUCUUGUGAAAAAAGAAAAGGGAAAAUUGUCCUAAAUACAAAAUUUUUUCUCCAAUAUAGCAGUUGCCUAACAUGAAAAAUGCAGCUAACCUACUUGUAUAACAAUAUAACCUGGAUGGCUUGCAUUGAAGUUUAUUGUCACCAAACUUAGUGACAAUAAAGUAGGCCACUUGUAAAUGUUUUAUUUUUACUCCUGAUAUAGUCUCCUAUAAAAAUCAAAACCAGUCAAAGCCCUGGUGUACCUUGCUUGGUUUCUGGUUAAGUUUUUAAUGGAAAAAGAGGAGGAUACAAAAUGACAGAUACAGAAUCUUAGAAGUUGCUUCUGGUGGCUGGAAAAUUAACUACAUGGUGAAACAAAUGUUUACUGUGGUUGCAGAAGUAAGUUAUCAUUUCAAGUUACAUAUAUCUAAGUAAUGUUAAUUUAUGUGAUCUUCACAGAUUAACUUCACUUUCCCAUUUCCCUUACUAGCUUUUGCAUUUGACAAGCACUUCUGCUACCCUAUAGACAACCAAAAGCAGGGAGAAUGGAACCAAGAGGAGGCAGAUGAGGAAAAGAAAUGUGGAAAUUUUAAGCAGGAACAAGAAGGGCAAUGGUAGGGAGCAUCAAGAGAAGAACAAGUAGGAGAGAGACAAUUUGGAGGAGAAAUACUAAUAUUGGAAGGAGAAGAAAACAGGAAAAAGGAAGUGAGAAUUAUAGUGGCUAUCCUUACAGACUAAUGAUGUGGUGAGUUGGUUGAUGUUUUGUGGAUUGAUUGGUUGGGGGGUUUUGAGUGAUGCUAAAUGCACCUAUUUACUUAAAAUAUUAGCAGUAGAAUAUAUUCUGCUUUUGCAGUUUUGUGACAAGUUUGGUUUGAGGGUUAAGGAGUAUAUAUGUUCUUUGCCUUACUGCAAGACACAGUAAGUCCAUGUUCUUUUCAUUAAGAAAUGAUGCAGGAAUGCUGUUUUGGAAACCAGAGGCUCAUGUAAUUAACUCUCUAAGUGGAAAAGGAAAGGACUCUUGUUGUGUAUGGCUGCUUGUUGGAAGUGGUUAUAACCCUCUAGAAUGUUGAGGACAGACAUGUAUUGUGCAGCAUUCAUAGGUGUCUGUGAUUUUUCACUCUGGGUCCUCAGUAGAUUCUUAAACCAUAGGCAUACACAAUCUGUAAUCAUACAUCUAAGCAGUAUUUAUUGCCUUGACACCUCUUUCAAGAGUGGUAUUCGGGUAGGCUGAUUCCCUCUAUCUGCUGCUUCAGGAGUAUUUAUCCAGGACUUUUUUUGAUGGCAGCUGUCUGUCACUUCUCCCAUAGCUUACAGAAUCAUAGACUCACAGUAUGUGCUGAAUUAGAAGGGAUCCAUCAGGAUCAUCUAAUCCAACUCCUGGCCCUGCCCAGGACACCCCAAGAAUCCCACCAUGUGCCUGAGAGUGUUUUCCAAAAGCUUCUU